CCACGUUCCUUAUCCGGGCCGGGAGAGACAGAGCAGUUUUUGGGCGGGUCUCGUGUAUACUGAUUCUCCGGGCACCGAGGACCCUGCUGAUCCCGAGAUGCGGGAGGCACAGAGCCGACACCUGGUCUGAUCAUCCCUGCCGCUCCCGGGCUGUGCCCGCCACCCACCCAUGGGAUGAUGCGGCGGAAGAGAUCGCGGGGUACAGCUGCCACUGGCCGAGGUAUGAGACGCUGCUCCCGGCGGGAUGGCUAGCGGCGGCUCCGGUUCCGCCCGGUCUUCUGUGCCCUCUGGAGCGGGCCUAGGGGGCUCCCAGCCCCGCAAGAAGCUACUGACGAUCUGUGACCAGUGCAAGGCCAAGAUGCAGCUGGUGGCUGACCUGCUCCUGCUGUCCAGCGAGCCCCGGCCUGUCCGGACUGAGAGCUGUGCCCAGCUGGGGGAGGCCUUCGAGAAGUGCCGAGACACGGUCAUUGCCCGGACCAAAGGACUGUCCAUCCUCACCCAUGAUGUCCAGAGCCAGCUCAACAUGGGCCGCUUCAGCGAGGUGGGGGAGAGCCUGCAGGAGAUGGUGGACCUGGUGGUCUCUCUCAUUGAGCUGUCUGCCCAUGCCGCGUACCUGGCAGCGGUGGAGGUGCCCGGUGCCCAGUCUGCGCUGCCUGGUUUGGUGGAUCGCUACAAGGUGACUCGGUGCCGCCAUGAGGUGGAGCAGAACUGUGCUAUCCUCAGGACGGUUCCCCUACAGGACCUGACACCCCAGCUCCUGCUGGAAGUCUCCCAGAACCUGUCCACUAACCUCAAAACCCUCACGGAUGCCAGCGUGGCCGCCAGCGAGAAGUCCAGGGAUAAAUUUGCUAAGGAACAGUUUAAGCUUGGGGUGAAGUGUAUGAGCACCAGUGCCACCGCUCUCCUGGCCUGCAUCAAGGAGGUCAAGACUUCCCCCAGUGAACUCUCCAGAAACCGCUGUGCCCUCUUCAGUGGUCCCUUGGUGCAGGCGGUCCAUGCCUUGGUGGGCUUUGCCACCGAGCCUCAAUUCCUGGGCAAAGCUGCCAUUCUGAACGCAGAGGGCAAAGCGGUGCAGACGGCCAUCUUGGGGGGUGCCAUGAGUGUGGUGUCUGCCUGCGUUCUCCUGACCCAAUGCCUCAGGGAUAUAACCCAGCACUCGGACAGCAGCAGCAAGAUGACGGACUACAAGGAGCGCCUGAGGAGCUCGGCUUGUGCGGUGUCUGAUGGCUGCAACCUGUUAUCUCAGGCCCUGAGAGAGCGGUCGUCUCCUAGAACUCUUCCGCCAGUACACUCCAAUUCUGUGAAAUCGCCCUAAAUAUGCCCUUCCCUCACUUUUACCAAAGAGUAGUCCGAGGAAACGACACUUUCUCCCAUCUCGACAGAGGCCUCCAUGUAUGAAAGGAUCAUACUUGGGCUGUCGCACACUCCAGGUGCUAGAUAUUGAAAAUUAUUUCGCCUUGAAAUAUUUUGUAAUGAUAUUUAAAGCUGUGGGUGGAGGAGAAGUGAAGUUAUUGGUGCCAGCGCUGCUAUGCGGGUGCUGUGCCACCUGUUCUAUAGCGAGGCUUUAAUAUGUAGAAGGCUGGUUUGCACAUUGCUGCCCCCAGUGACGUGAUGGCAGAUCUCUCGGGCUGGCACUCAGUAACUAACCUGCUAUACAUCCCAGACCCCAGUGUCACUUUACUGGCGAGGGGGCAUACACGAAUACAGAACUGUAUGCAUCGUGUACCCAGCUCAUCCAUGGCCCUAGUGGUUACAUAGCGAUCAGUUCAUGCGGCUUAUCAAAGGGUGAGCUCUGUGGCAGUGUAUAGCAAGACCUGCGGUGGUCCGGUCCAAGAGAUCUCUCAGGGACCACUGGCUGACAAGGUCACUCUGUCUCUGUUAAAUAUCGAGUUGGGGGCUGGUGGUCCCAUAGACUUUAUAUGAUCAGAAGAAAAUAGACUGGAUCAGCCGACAAAAGUCUAUGGGCCGCCAUGGCAGGAUCGAGGUUCACUUCACGUUAGUCGAUGGUCCAUGUCAGUCCCUAAAUAAUUAGCAAUGUGUAAACUGAGCCUUACUGAUCCAGCAGUCAGAUGACAGGAGGGUGGGAGAUUUGGGACAAGCAAACAAAUGUUAGCAUUUUUCUUUAUUAAAAUCUCUUGGUUACAGUGCUGCAUAUUCUAUUCAUUUGGACUUCCUAACCUGUAAGGAAAUGGUUAAUCUGAAUGGUCCCUACGAAAUCAUAUGGGUAAUAUUAGUUUUCUGCAGUACUGAUGUCUGUCCUUGGGUAAGCAGCAGUCUUCAUGAAAGUAAUAACCUUUUAGUGCCUGCAACCAUGUGAAGCCUUGGGGUAUUUUAUUUUUUGUUUUAAAUAUGACAUAUUUUUUAAAAAAAAAUUAUUUAUUUUUUUCUUCUAUAAAAGGUUAAUUUAAAGGGAAUCUGUGGCCAGUCUUAUGUUUCAUUUUUGAGGGCAGUAUAAGGCGCCUUUCAGACGAGCGGGUGUCGUGCUGCGGACUCCCGACCUGAUCUUCCAGCACUGCGGGGGUCCACAUGGCAUUAUAUUGAUUUAUGAUGCUGUGUAACCCUUACAGUUCUGGAAUGUAUUGGAUAACACUGAUAUAAUGUCAGUGUUAUCCAAUACAUUCCAGACUGCUAAGGGUUAUACAUGGCAUCAUAAAUCCAUAUAAUAUUAUGCGGAUCCCCCGCAGUGCUGGAAGAUCAGGCCGGGAGCUGCGCUGCGAGUUCCGAGCGUGACACCCGCUCGUCUGAAAGGGGUCUAACCUGGAGACGCGGACCCCGAUUGCAACACAGGACCACCUUAUUUUGUAACUUUCCUUGAUCAGUAAUUUUCUUAGGGUAGGUUCACACCUGUGUCUACCUGAUCCGGCAGAGAACAGAGGCCUAGCCGGAUACUGCUGUUCACUGCCAGACACCACAGUGACGGCUAACCUCCGGCACUCCAGCUGUGGUGAAACUACGACUCCCAGCAUGGUCCAUUCAUUUUUAUGGAGUUCUGAGAACAGCCAAGCACCUUGGGAGUUGUAGUUUUACCACAGCGGGAGUGCCAGAGGUUAGCCGUAGCGGAUCCAUAAUGUGAUCUGCGGGGUCGGCUUUCGACCUGACAAAAACCGUUGCAUGCACUUAUGCCAGAAACCUCCGGAUCCCAUUGUAUUCAAGGGGGUCCAGCAGUGAACGGCCGGAUCUGGUGAACCCCCGGCAGGCCCUUCUAUGCCAGAUCGGUUAAAUGCAGGUGUGAACCUACCCCUUAAAAAUCCUGGGGGUGAGCUCCAGCGUGACUUGUACACUGGAGUUCUGAUACUCAUGAGCUCCCUCCGCAAUCUGGUGGAUAAUUGAGUUUAAUCCCUUUUAUGUUGUAUGGGAAUAAUCUGCCCAUUAGUGUUUGGGGUGGUCGGGGCAGCUGGGAGCUUGUGAACACCAGGACUCCUGAACGGGUGCACUUCAUGGAGCGGACUCCAGCGCCUGCAUUGUAAUCGGUGUCCCUGGUACCAGUUUACACAGCACUCGGGGCAGUAUAGGACCGGUGACAGAUUCCCUUUACAGCUUUAUAACCAAGCACUAACUUUUAUUUUUACCAUAAAGCAGUGGUCUACAACACGUCCAUGUCGCGCAUCUACUGAUGGCCCUAGGCUGUUAGUCAUAGAUGUUGCAGACUAUUGAUCUAAAUUUUAUCGACAUUCACUCCCGAAGCCUCUCUUUUAGGCUGCGGGUGGGGACAACUAGUUAUAUUCUAGCUGAACGUAAGGAAGUGCACAAGGCAAGAAAAACUGCUGCUUCCCAUAGUCCAUAGAUCUUCGUUCUGAGAGCUGUCAUUGGUUUGACUGGUGUGAUGAGGCAUGUUAUGGAAAAUGACUCCUGACAGUGGUGUGUGAUACCAUAUAACGGACAUGCUGUAGGCUCCAUCUUAGUAAGGCCACGUUCUGCCACUGAGGAUACAGUCCCAUGUAAGAGUUAAGAACCGCUCCCAUGGACAAGGUGGUGCAGUGUUCACAUGAAUCCUGUGCUGUCAUGUAAAGAGUUCAGCUGUACUGCAGCUCGAGGUCCUUAAUGUCCCGGUAUACAGCAGAUAAAAUGCCUGUAACAAGCGCAGAUCGACUGCUCGUGCUUGCGACGGGCAGCUCGCCUGCUUUACUUUCAUUUCAACAUGGCAAUUAUCAGGAGGGGUUAGAAUGAGCUGUUGUUUUUAGUUGUUCAAUAAAACCCCUCGACUCCUAGUUGCGUUGUUUGCACCAGACAACAGUCGGGAGCAAACCUUUGUUUGGGAGAUCCUCACCCCUGGGGACCUUUUCUGCAGGCCCCAAGCGUGGCCAGACCUGCGGUGGUAAUCAUACUUUCUUAAAGGGGUAGUCUCGUCACUGCUGGGACCUGCACCUAUAUUGAGAGCAAAGCCCUGAAAGUGGUCGAGAGCACACUGCCAUUGCGCAGCCACCCUCCAUUCAUUUUUGGCUAUUUCCGUCAGGCCCAUAAAAGUGAAUGGUCAUGCGUGGUCCUAGCGAUAUGCCCCCAUUGUCUGAGAUGAGACAACCCCCCCCCCCCCCCCUUAAUCCAUGCCCCUUUGGCACUGCAGAUCUUGGGUCUCCCUGUGUCAACAUCUGGUUUGGCAGGGGUCACCCAUAUGUCAUGUUAAUUGGACACCUAACGCAUGGGUGACGUGUCACCACUGUGACCAGUCAUUAGCUGCAGUCUCCACCUAACACCCACUAAACCAGCUGUCGACAUGGAAACCCAACACCUGCAGCACCCAAGGGGGCGUGAGGGAGCUGUAACCCAGCAGCAGAGAUCAGGUAAGUAUGAUUCUCUCAGUGGGUCCGGCCACCACCUGCAGAAAAGGCCCCCAGGGGUGAACAACCCCUUUAAUCAGAUUCUCGUUGGCAGUCCAGUAGAGUUGGAUUGAGUAGAAGAGCACGUGUGACCACCGCUUACUCCGGCACGUCAUUCUUGUAUUGGGGGGGGGGGGGGGGAGUCCCAGCGAUAGAACUUCUUGCAGUGGGACAGCCCCUUGAAGGAAGCGUUAAGGCUGCAGCAUGGUGCCCACUACUUGCUACAAAGUUGCACUUGGUGCUCUGUUAGAUUUACAGUCCAGUUUAGGACCCCCUGUAAGUACAGAAUGCAGACCCUCAUGUCUUGCUUGUAUUGUGGACAUAAGCGGUGUCUUGUGUAAUGGAAGAACGCCAUCCUUUGCUUGCCCUAUUGCAGUGUCUGAUGACCAUGACUGAGGCGGUGACCCUGUCAUUGACUGCUUAUUUCUAGUACCAGAGAGUGGUUCUUACUUUCUAAAGUUCCCCUUCAGCACUAAGCCCCAUUUACUACAAGUCCUGGCAGAAAAGUGGCAUUAUUGAGGCCUUAAAAUCCGCGCUGGGCGCAGUUUUUGAGCCGACGUCUUCCAUGCUUCCCACCAAGGUGUUGCUGUGUAUGAUCGGCAGGAAUAAAAGGGUUACCUCACUUAGUUUUAGACAUUUUGUAUGGCUUCUAGCUGCUGGAUGUAGCCACCCUUUUUAUCCUGCAAAUGGAGUGUGAAUGGAGAAUGUGGAGUGCCCAGAGAGUUAAAGCCACCUCUCCCCCUUCUCCCCAUGUGCUGACUUACUGUUGGGGGUGGGUUACAGUGAGCGUGUUUCCUGAAUGUACACUAUAAUAAAAUGAUUGUCAUUUUUAUGUCAGUUUUUACUUUGCAUGUAUUUGGAGUAUUUAUUUCACCCAUUAAAAAGUUUCUGAAA